GCACACGCACACGCUGAUGUUGCACGCGCUUGCAGAACAAGAGCACGCCAUGUGUGAGUUUCAGAAGGGGGCCACGGAAACGGAGGUGACAAACUACUGUUAAGGCCCAAGGUGAUGCCACGGCAGAGAGUCGCUGCUGGUUCUCAGGGACGGACGGCUAGCAUGGUAGCCUUUCUCCCGCACGCUCCGCUGGGUCACAACCCAGUCAGGACAUCCAUGUUUCCUGGACCAGGAUCACUUCUCAAAGGGCUUCUUUUCUGCCUCAGUAUAUCUUCGUCACUCGGUCAAGACAUACUGGUGAAAUAUCCUAAAGCUACCCUCCAAAAGCAAGAGGGGGAAACACUAAAUCUCAACUGCACCGUCGAUUACGACCAGAAUAGAUGUGAAGACAUCCACGCGCACUGGUGUAAAUUGACUCUGAAUGCCGGCUGCACUGAGCUCACAGACACCAGCAGAUAUCUCAUCCAGGUGUCCGAGAAGAUCUUAGGAAACCGGGUUAGCAGAUCCAGACUGGUUGCCUUGUCGUUCAAUCGCAUGACUCUCGAGGAUGAAGGGACGUUCCAGUGCAACGCAGCAUGCGGUGACAAAGGCCAAAGUGCCAUGGGCAACCUCAUAGCGCUCUCUGUCGAGAAGGCUGAUCCUAAAAGGAACCCGCUGAACAACUGUGGAAUACUCAGAGCGGAGGUCAUCGCUAUUGCACUGCACUUCCUCUUCCUGUUUGCGUGUAGCACACUGUAUCUAUGCUAAGAGGAAGUCCUGCUUUUCACCAAGAUAACUAAAGACACAGCUGUGAUGCGGUUCUCCCUAUUUUUUAUUUUAUACAAAGGAAAACAAAUGCAACAUGAUGAUCUGUUGUCAUGAUCAAUUAUAAAUGAAGUAACCUCAUUUAUAACUGAUCAUUACAACAGCAUGUGAGAUCUUGGAACAUUUGAUGGCUUAGAAAAUGGUGGUGUUUAACAUUUGUUCAUAAAUAAAUGGCAUUUCUGAA